GUUACGUCACUGGGCGGAGCCAAAAAGAAUCCAACAUGGACUUGGUAGCAGCUGUAGAGAAACUGAAUAUGAGCUGUUAGACUGUUUUGAAGUGCUUUUGCGACAGAUGUCGACUCGGGUCAUAUUUAUGAAGAUGUACCGGUGCCAGAAGACUGGCUAAUGUUUGAGAAAUAGUUUUUAUAGAUAGUUUGUUUUAAGGAGUUUAGUUCUAGCGUGUUUGUUUACAUCUAGGUGGUACUGAGCUACUGUACAUUUCGAGAUGGAGUAUUUAUUAACGGUUAAAAUAUCAGCCCUGGUUGGCUUGUUAAUUCUUACUGUGUUUUUUGGGUUCGUUCCUGUUCGGAUGAAGUUUUUCCGAGAAACAAGUGGAACAGAAAUCCACAGGACAGUACUGAGUUUAAUCAGCUGCUUUGCCGGAGGAGUGUUUCUCGCUGCCUGUCUCUUGGACAUUAUUCCAGAUUAUCUGUCUGAUAUAAGUGCACAACUACAAGACACAGAUAUCGACUAUCCUCUGGCCCAGUUCAUCAUGGCAUGCGGCUUCUUCAUCGUUCUCAUCGUCGAGAGGCUGGUCCUCAGCUGUAAUGAGCGAAGGAGUGAGGAAAGGGCUCCGCUUCUCCCGUCUGCAGGUCACAGCCACUCUCACUCACACCGCUCCGUGAACGACGUGGAGAGUAGCAGCCACCAUGUCCACGUGGACCUGCAGGCGCAUUCAUCCUUCCGCUCGUUCAUUCUCUUCCUGUCUCUCUCGCUGCACUCUGUGUUCGAGGGUUUGGCUAUCGGCUUGCAAACGACUGACACUAAGGUGUUGGAGAUCUGCAUCGCCAUCUUGGUCCACAAGAGCAUCAUCGUCUUCAGCCUCUCGAUAAAGCUGAUCCAGAGUGCUAUCCGGCCCAUGUGGCUCGUCAUCUACAUCCUUGUUUUUUCAAUAAUGUCUCCAAUGGGCAUCGCUAUCGGCAUCGGGGUGAGUGAAGCUCAGCUACAGAUGGGGGCGUUAGUCCAGGCUGUGCUGGAAGGCCUGGCAGCGGGAACAUUCGUUUACAUCACAUUUCUGGAGAUCCUCCCUCAUGAGCUCAACUCUCCAGAGCGACAGCUCCUCAAAGUGCUCUUCAUCUUACUCGGCUUCUCUCUCAUGGCCUUCCUGUGCUUCCUGGGCUAAGAACUGUAGGAGGGAGAUCACAGGCGUAUAUACAUAUGGGACUUUAAUGACUUCAUUUUUAACUGACUAACAAAUUUAAGAUUUUACUAUUUUCAUUAUUUGCGGCGCACUAAUUUUUUAAAAAAAAAAUGGAAGUGCUUUAAAGUCAUCCGUGUACCUUACAAUAACAAAAUAAUCAAGAGACGUACAAAUGUACAAAGUCCAGCACAGUCAGCAGUUAUGUCGAAAGGAAGGAUUUAGUUAUUUGUUUUUAGCAAACAUGUUGUGUACAUGUUAACUGACUCUUUUCAGUAUUAUAUUUCACAGUCUAAUGUAAGAUUGUCAUUCAUUUCAUUCAUUUUCCACCUCAGGAUUUUAUUUUAUCAUCUAUUUGAAAAGGAGGUCUUAAAUACCUAAAGAGAUUCAGGAUGAUUUUAAUAAUUUUCAAGUAUUAUUUCUUUUAAUUUUAAUCAGACUGAUUACUGGUUAUUGCAGUAUUCAUGCACAAUAUUUUGGUUGUGAAAGAGUUAAUAUAACAUCCCUGCAUUUCAAUGCUGAAAAGGCUGUCUUGAUGGCAGCUUUUUUUCAGCAGUGUUUGCAUCCCUGACAAAAAUGUGUCCCAUUUGGACAGCAGCAUAAGAAUAACUGACUUAUACAUUACAUUUUGGUACAAAAGUUGGAAAAAGAUGGUGGACAGUCCAAUUCAGCAUCACCGUAAUCUAAAAAAUUGGGUAGUUAUAUGUGAUAUGUAGGGAAUAAGACACGAUGAGGUAUUUUUUUAUGGGAAAAUAGUCCACAAUGAGGAGGUGUGACAUGGUCCGAUGCGUAUCAGCUUUACAUUUCUGACCCUGAAGGUGAUUAUUUAUUCAAUAACACCAAGUGUUUUUUUUCCUCUUAUACCACAGCAAUUUAACAACACUAACAAUUUCCUAUAUAAUAAAGGAUGACACGUCAUGCUUUUUAUCUGUUUAAACUUACAUUAAAAGUUGUGGAACAGUCCUGAAACAAGUUAGUUCUUGUUCCCCUUCCCUUACUUUUUUUUAAAUUUUUUUUUACCUUUUUUUUUCUUUUGACAUUAAUAAGGCAAAAAAAGUAGCGUGUCAUGUUACUGAGAAAGUCCUCAAUCCUAAACACUUUCCCAUGUUGGAAAACUUAAAGUCACAACUUUAACUCUGAAAGCACUGACACUGGAUACUCCUUCCAAAAGCUAAAUAAACAUCUCAUUGAGAAAACUUCACUAUAUCAACAAUUACAUGUUUUUGUAAUCUGGUUAUGUGGAGCAUCCAUGACACAAUUCCCUGUGUUAGUCGUUACUACAGAAGACAUUUAUAUUAGACAUUUAUAUUACAUUAGACAUUUAUAUUACAUUAAUAUAACCUCCUGAUUUGCCUCAUAGACAAUAUGAUUGUCAGAGCUGCUGUCAUUUUAAACAACAUCCUCUGACAAAUCAGAAUUGAGAUUUCAUCUGAGAUGUGCUGCAAGAACAUAUAAUAUUGACACAUGCCUACUGCCAAUGUUUGUGUGAAUGCCCAACUGACAUGUUUUUAUAGGUUUGAUCAAGAACUUGAAUUCUUAAAGACUGUUUCAUAAGAAUUCUGUUGAAGACAAAGAGCUUGUAGCUCAGAACAAACACCGAUGAACCUGUAUGUUGUACUGUUUGCAUUGUACACUGUAUUGUUAAGUCGACUGAGUUCAGAAUUUCGACAUGAGAGACACGCACAAGACUGUUAAGGUGUAAAAGGUUGCUGUAAACAUGUUGGUAUAUCACUGUGUUUUUUUUUUUUUUUUUAAGCCAUACAUGCCACUCAUUGGUACAAGAACAAAUUAGUUGGGAGUAGUUUUGUUUUGUAUAAUUCAAUAAAUCCACUGUGGUGAGAGA